AUGUCAGAGCUCAAUUCCACAUCUGGAUUACUAGCAACUAUGGCAAAUGGAACUUUUCUGGAGCUGUAUCCCACUUCCCUCUCAACAUCCAUGGAUUCAUCUUCUGGACGCAUGUCUAAUGUCUAUGUCUAUGUCUCAAUAUUCCUCAGUCUUUUGGCCUUCCUUCUUUUGCUAUUAAUUAUUGCACUUCAGAGGCUGAAGAACAUAAUAUCUUCUAGUUCUUCCUACCCAGAAUACACCAGCGAUGCUGGGAGUUCCUUCACUAACUUAGAAGUCUGUAGUAUUUCUUCCCAGCGGUCUGCUUUUUCAAACCUUUCCUCAUGA